ACUAAACCCAGUCAAGGAUGAACCGGCGGAUCCACUGCCCCCAAGGACGCAGGUGGACGAACUGGAUGCACAGGUGGCCCAGCUAAAGAGCGAGCGCGACCACUAUCGUAAUGAAAUGAAUCGGCUGAAGGACGAGAACGACCGCUAUCUUAAAAUUAUACAAAGCCGACCAGACCGCACCGUCAUCCCUGCGGGAAACCGUGUCGAGGCCCCCCAUAGCGUCGCGCCGAGGCCAGGGGAGGGCGGCCCGCAGGGGAUGCCCCAACGGCCGGGGCUGCCGUUUCGGCUAGGCCAGCCACCCGGCGGCCCGCACUCGGGCGCCUCCUCGCCCGCCGGGACUUCGCCGUACUCGCAGCGCUGCCAGCCGCUUCCGCAGCACCCGCACUUGGCAGAGCAUUUGCGGGCUUCCCAGCCGCAGCACGGCCGGCCGUUUUAGUCCUAGCUACCGAAGCCGGGGGCAGCUCCACGGGCAAAGAAUGAGGCACACUUAUCCUGCUUCAGCACGAAUCCACUACAUUCGUACAUUUUGUAGUUUUGUACUUCGUAUUUGGGAAUCUUUCCGACGACAGC